GAGGGAAGGCGCGGCGUAUAUAAGUACGAGGGGGUCUGGCCCAUCCCAAGGCAGCCAGGCCAGGCGCUCCCCCAUUUCCAGCCACCGAGGGCGUCUCGGAGAGGCGUGUCCGCACGCGCAGUCCCGCCGACUCGCGUUAAACCCCCCUCCCCGCCUCCCCCGCCCCCAUCCCGGCUUAAUAGGCGCGGCGGCGUAGACCUCCGGAGCGAGGGCAGCACUUGGGCCAAAGGCAGGAUCCGAGGAGGAAGAGGAGGAGGAAGAAGAGGAGGAGGAAGAGGAGGCGAGCGCGCUACUGCCUUUCUCGCCGGGGUUCCGGGUCUUCUCCCGCGUCUUCUUCUUCUUCUUUGCCGCCGCCGCCGCCAUGGAGGAACUGACGGCGUUUGUCUCCAAAUCCUUUGACCAGAAGGGCAAGGAGGGCGCCGGAGGAGGAGGAGGAGGAGGAAUAGGAGGAGGAGGAGGAGGUGGCGGAGGAGGGGGAGGAAGCGGACACAAGAAGGAAAGCAUCACGUACCGGGAAGUUUUGGAGGGAGGCCUGGCAGCAGCGCGGUCCCGGGAGCUGGGCCCCUCGGAGGCCGGGAGCCUGCAGGAACUGGCCGAAGGAGGAGGUGGCGGCGGAGGGUGCCCCGUCCACCUCUUCAAGGAGCAGCCCGAGGGCGACAAGGACAGCAGCAAGCUCAAGGACUUCGCGCACGCCGCCCGAGGCGCCGAAGGGAUCUAUGAGUGCAAAGACAAGCGGGAAGAGGUGAAGUCGGAGGACGAGGACGGCCAGACCAAACUGAAGCAGAGGCGAAGCCGAACCAAUUUUACGCUGGAGCAGUUGAACGAGCUGGAGAGACUGUUCGACGAGACGCACUACCCAGACGCCUUCAUGCGGGAGGAGCUGAGCCAGCGGCUGGGCCUCUCCGAAGCCAGGGUCCAGGUUUGGUUCCAGAACCGAAGAGCCAAAUGCCGGAAGCAGGAGAACCAGAUGCAUAAAGGUGUCAUUUUGGGGACGGCCAGCCAUUUAGACGCCUGCCGGGUCGCCCCCUACGUCAACAUGGGCGCCCUGAGGAUGCCUUUCCAGCAGGUAGUCCAAGCUCAGCUGCAGCUGGAAGGGGUCACCCAUGCCCACCCACACCUCCACCCUCACCUGGCUGCCCAUGCCCCUUACCUGAUGUUCCCUCCACCCCCCUUUGGACUGCCUAUUGCCUCCUUGGCUGAUUCUGCCUCGGCAGCUGCAGUGGUAGCGGCAGCAGCAAAGAGCAAUAGCAAGAAUUCCAGCAUCGCUGACUUGAGGCUCAAGGCCCGGAAACACGCAGAGGCCCUGGGGCUUUGACAUUUUCUUCUCCCAGAAGCCUUUCUGUUGCCAGGGAUGGACAAUAAUUCUCUCCUCUAGCCAGCAUUCAAGCUUUGCUGGGAUAAGGACAAUUGGUACCUUUUCAAAAAGGCCUGCAGGUAGACACAAUCAGCAGUGGCUUCCUUCCUCCCCUCCCAACCUCCCUCUCUUCCUUCUCUUCUCCCUUCUUUCUUUCUUCCCUCCCUCAUCUUUCUUUAGUUCAAAGAAGCUAGCAAUUUAUUCAGUUGAUCUGAGGACUGAAGGACUCACUGGCCUACCUGUUUUAUUAUUAUUAUUAUUAUUGUUAUUAUUAUUAUUAUAAUAUUAUAUUAUUAUUAUUUUUGUAAAGGCACUUAGUGCUGAUGAUUGCAGUUAAACUGUUCUUCUGCCACCUGGUGUUUAAUCCUAAAGUGAAAUCAGUCUGAAUCAAAGUUAGAAGUAUGAAUUAAAAAUAUCUGGAAAACUUUUAGAAGAAAGUAAAUUUGGGGCGGGGCACUCUCCAAACCACGUGGCAUCCAUGAGUCUUGGGACAACUGGAGCUUGAGUCUGGCAAAAGCGAUCAUCUUGUCAGCCUGACAUCAUUUGCUGCUGCCAGUUUUGCUACUUUAUGCAUGUGCCUAACUUUAAACACCGUUUGAAAAAUCACCAAUUAUACCGGGGGGGAAAAGAGGCUUCAGAAAAUCCUUGGGGCUGGUCUCCAUUAAGAUGACAUUUCCUUUGUUGCCACAGUAUUCUUUCAUUCUCAUGACUUUCUUCCAUUAUGAAGGAGCUGCUGCUGCAAAAAAACUGGUUUGAAUUCAAAGGUGGGAUUUUAGAUCUGAGACAAGGCGCUUUUCUCAAAACAAAGCAGUCCAAAAGGCGACAUUCUUCAUAAGGAGUGAUGACAACAGCCACCGCAAUGAAGCGUUUGUGCGUGUGAGAGAAAGACACCAAACUUAGUGGUGAUCCAAAGGAUGGGAGCAAUGCUGAACACAUCUCCCUUAAAGCCACCUGAACAAGCUGAAACUUUGUGCCGUACAAACAGUUUGAUUCCAUCGUUUCUAUUUCCAUACACCUGGAUCUCUGCGGAAAGCCUUCUUGGUUUAACAGGAUCUUGCGUGGUUGAUUCAUCUGUCAUAGAUGGAUACACAGUUUUAAAAGCAUAAUACUGAUGCAGCAUUAAUUUUAGUGAAAAUGCAAUUAAGUGCAGUAAAGUGCAAUACUGUAAAUAUUAUAGAUUAAAAGGGAAAAAAUAGCUGCACAUUCUUAUUCUGUUCAUAACCAACUCUGCAGGAACUGUAACAGUAUUCUUUGUGCUCAGACCUGGGAGUUGCCAUUUUUUUUUUUUGCCAAAUGAUAUUGUCUGAGCCAUUAACAGAUUGGUAUAGAAAUAUGAACUGCAUAUAUAAAAGAGAAUUGCAAUGAUUUUGAAUCCACGUCAUGUGCCAUAUUUCUGGGAACUAACCUCUCAAAUGCCUGUAUUAAUGAUUAUAAUUAUUGUUAUUAUUAUUAUUUGGCAAAUUGUUCUAAAGCAAGGAAGCAACCAUCAAGCCAAAUGUUGUGUAGAAGUGGACAAGUUCAGUGUUCAGAGAGGAGGAAGGAAAAUGGAUGUUAUACACAGCAAAUGAGACCUCUGAUGCUCAUCAACAAAUAUGAGCUGCAAAGGCCUGUCAUAGCAAUGGAGGGAAAUUCCUUGAAAUUAUAUUACCAAAGUGUCUAGGUUUAUUAUACCCAUAUCUCCCACUCGCAUGUAAAUUCCUUUAAGCCAAUUUAUUAACUGGUGCUGCUUCUGGAAACAAAUACUGCUCUUGUCUACUUCUAUAUCUGUUUUUGCAUUUGAUAUAAAAGCCUCAUUGAUGGAAUCUCUGCCUCUCAACAGCAUAAAAGUCAUUACAUCUGUUCA